CCUUUAUUUUGAAACCCUAACUCAGCUGUUCGUUGAUAUAAGAAAAUGUCGACGAUUUAUGUAUCCGAGCCGGCGACGAAGGGUAAGGUGUUAUUGACGACGUCGUAUGGUCCGGUUGAAAUCGAGCUCUGGCCCAAGGAGGCUCCUAAGGCCGUCCGAAACUUCGUGCAGCUGUGCCUCGAAAGUUACUAUGACGGCACCGUUUUCCACCGCGUAAUUAAAUCCUUUCUCGUUCAAGGAGGUGAUCCCACCGGCACCGGAGAAGGCGGUCAGAGUAUAUAUCCCGGCGGUGUUUUUCCCGAUGAAUUUCAUUCUCGUCUCAGAUUCAACCACAGGGGUUUGGUAGCAUGUGCCAACGCUGGCAGACCUAAUUCGAAUGGGAGCCAGUUCUUUAUAACCCUCGAUCGCUGUGAAUGGCUUGACAAGAAGCAUACUAUUUUUGGUAAAGUAAUUGGGGAUUCAAUGUAUAAUGUGUUAGGGUUAGGUGAAUUAGAGACUGGUAAAGAUGAUAGGCCCACUCUGGAUCCACUUCCCAAGAUACUCUCAGUUGAGGUGUUAUGGAAUCCAUUUGAUGACAUUGUCCCAAGGAGAAUAUUAAUGCACCCAAACUUCGAUUCCUCUGAGGAGAAAGAAACGGAGCAGAAGAAGAAGAAGAAGAAGAAGGUUACAAAAAAGUUGAACUUGCUUUCAUUUGGAGAAGAAGCUGAAGAAGACGACAAGGAAUUACUCGCCGUUGCUGUCAAUACUAGAAUAACAAGUAGUCGUGAUGUUUUGAACGAAAACCAUGAUCAAGGCCAAAAAACAGAGGAUGUGCAAUUAUUAAUGGUGAAAGAAGAUGAGGGUUAUAAGUUUGAUGCACCAAAUAAGAAGGAGUGGGCUGAUGCGCAUGAACGUGUUAUAGCAUCUACAGUUGCUUGGAGAAAAUUGUUGUCGAUGAAAAAACGAAUAGGGUCCGAAUUCAGGGCAAAGCGCAUGGCAGCUGAUAUUGCCCGUGAUGCUGGUUUACAGUUGCUUGGAGAUAGACAGAUGCACAAGCAGAGGAAACGCAUUCGUAAGGAGAAUGAAGAUGAUGUUCUUGCCAAACUUGACAGAUUCAAGUCAACCAAAUUCCAUGGAUCAGAUUGAAUGGGACUUGACCUAAAGUUCAAUCCGAAUGGGGUUAUUUUGAAGUUUAUCUAGUGCAUGAAUGACCCCCCGACCCUCUUCUGGAAAAAAAAAAUCUCUUACUUGAGAACUAAUUUCAGUUUCUUACUAUUAACAUUUGGAAACAAAGGUUAUGUUUUUUUGGAGUCAAUUGACGAUACACUAUCAUAUCUGAUUUCGAUUGAUUAACGUUUCGCUUGUUUA